CAGUGAAUGCAUUCACCGCGGCAGACCAACACGGUGAAUGUAUCACCGCGGUUGACGGCCGCAGUGAAUGCCCGACUUAACUCUGAAAAUUCAAACAAACGUAACUUUGCGCUCGGUUAUCCGAUUAGCGAAUUUUUUUUUAUUCCAUAUAACUUUUCAAGAUCUUUCAAUCUGCAACAAGAUUUCAUCUCAAAAAAAUGUCGUUUGUUAUCCCGAACGAGCAAUUUUUCGAUUUUGCCAAACUUUGGAAGGACAUAACUUUUAGCUCCUCAAUCCGAACGUCGUAAAGUUAUUUUUGAUUGCGCAUAACUUUUUAAGAACUACAACUUUUACUAGGAAAUCAUUUUUUUAAAAAGAAGUACUUUUGGGUAUAGGAGAUUUUGGGAAUAACUUUGCCUUUACUUUUCACAAAUUCACAUACUUUCCAAAAUUAUGGUUAUAAUAAAAGUUGUAGUAGUUCAAAAGUUAUGCAACAUCAAAAAAAGUUUUAUGACAUUCGAAUUGUGAAGCACAAAGUUAUGAUCUUCCAAAGUUUGUCAAAAUCGAAAAAUUGCUCGUUCGGGGUAACAAAUGAUUUAUUUUUGGGAUGAAGUCUGUUUCACAUUGAAAGAUCUUGAAAAGUUAUGUGGAAUCAUAAAAAAUUCCUUCAAUCGGAUAACCGAGCGCAAAGUUACGUUUGUUUGAAGUUUCAGUGUUACGUCAAGCAUUCACCGCGGCCGUCAACCGCGGUGAUGCAUUCACCGCUUUGGUCUGCCGCGGUGAAUUGACAACAGCGGUGAUGCCCAAAUAUGUGUAUUUUGGGAAAUUUUUUUAUAACGUGUGUAUUUUAGGAUUUUUUUUUUUUUAACAUGUGUAUUUGGGAUUUGUUCCGACGAAGUGGGAUUUUUUCCGACAAAGUGGUAGGUGAAAGUCGUCGUCGAUUCAACACUUCGUUCCAAGAUUGGCCCGACUCUUUAUGAUCCACAGUGAACAAACAAUUUUAAGCAUGGCCAAUUCGUCUACCAACCACCUUCCCUUCCCUGUACCUGCAAUCAAAUACCACUGGUUUUCUACUUCAAGUUCUACUGCCUACUACUACCUUCCCUGUCUCCUUCUCAUAGUUAAAAAAAAGUUCCAGUUCACGAACAAAAACAAUGGCGGACGGCGAAGUACGAGUGCUGUCCUCAGGUUUAGUUCAAGCAGAGGGGCUUACCAAGCUAGCAGCUGCUGCAGAAGAAAGAAUUCCCCUCACUCCAUGCGACCUGCGUAUCAUUCUCUUCGGGACCAUCCAAAAGGGACUUCUCUUCCAAAAACCCACCAAUCCUUCAAUCGACCAAGCCACCUUGAUCCAGACCCUCAAAUCCUCCUUCUCCCGCGCGCUUGCCCUGUUCUACCCCUUCGCCGGCCGGCUCUCCGUCGACAAACACGAUGACGACGGCACCGCCUCUAUUUACAUCGACUGCAACAACGCCGGCGCUCUGUUCGCUCACGCCGUCGCCGACGGCGUCUCCGUCGCGGACAUCCUCGACCCGCUCUACGUCCCGCCGGUGCUCUGGUCGUUCUUCCCCCUCAAUUGGAUGAUGAAUUACCACGGGUUCUCCCAACCCUUUAUAGCAGUUCAGGUCACGGAGCUCGUAGAUGGGUUCUUCCUCGGCUGCACGAUCAGCCACGCGGUCGCCGACGGCCCGACUUUCUGGCGGUUUGUGAAUUUCUGGUCCCAAAUCUGCCGUUACCCCGGUGGUGGUGGGGAUUCAGCCAAUAAGUCGCAGGUUUUCACCCGGCGCUGGUUUCUCGACGAGAAGCAUCUGCCGAUUAGGCUGCCGGCGGCGAUGCUCGAAGAUUUCAAACAAGAUCCCAUCCCAAUCCCACCGCAGGAGCUGAAAGAGCGGGUUUUCCACUUCACCCGCGAGAAACUCGCGGCGCUGAAAGCACAAGCCAACGACGAAGCCGUCGCCGCCGCGGGCGGCGACGGCCAGAUAUCGACUCUGCAAACCCUAAUUUCCCACAUCUGGAGGGCGGUGUUUCGAAACAGAAGCGAACCGGAUCCAGAUCGGGAGGCCCAUUUCCACCUGCACUUUGGGCUCCGACAGCGGCUCCAGCCCAAGGUCCCGGAGAAUUACUUCGGGAACGCCAUCGUGGGCCGGCCGGUGGGCCUGAAGGUGAGCGAGCUUCUGGAGGCGGAGAAGGGGCUGGGGCGCGUGGCGGCGGCGAUUCACGGAGUGGUAGCGGAGCAGACGGACGAGAAGCUGAAGGAGGCGGUGGAGGAUUGGAUCGGGAACCCUAAGUUUGUGGGGACUGAUGUGUUUGUGACGGGGACGAUGGGGCUGAGUAGCUCCCCGAGGUACGACGUUUACGGGAACGAUUUCGGGUGGGGGAAGCCGGUGGCGGUGAGGAGCGGAGCCGGGAAUAAGUUCGACGGGAAGGUUACGGUUUUCCCCGGAGUGGAGGCGGGGAGCAUGGACGUCGAGAUUUGCUUGUCGCCGGAGACGGCGGAGGGAGUGGGAAGGGAUUUGGAGUUUAUGGCUGCAGUCGGCGUUUGAAAAAUCUGGCUGUGAUUUUUUUUUUUUCUAUUUCAAUCGGCUUUUGGUUUUGUUAAACCGAUUUAAUGAUUUCCAACUCGGAGAUGUAAUGAUUUCGAACAUUGUCAAAUCGAUUUAUAUCAUUGUUUCAAUACGACGAGCAUCACACACUUCUCAAAAAAAAAAAAAAAAUUUGAAGCUUGAACAACUCGUCAAGCUUGCAACUCCUUCCUUCAUGUUUCAUAGUAGCUCAAAUCCAUCUUUUGAAAUUAGUAACCGCUAAUUUAAAUCGGUUAACAAAAAUUAGUAAACAAAUAAUAAUUAUGCGUUGCACCGAUAUUGUAGGUCAUGCACUUUCUUGCUUUGAGGAUCCGGGAGCUCCUCUUGACUGUUCAAAUACAUCAUCUUCAUGUGUUGAUUCCUGGGACAACUCAAACUUCGUGUGUUAGAUUUUUGGGACAACCUAAAUUGGAUCUUCAUCCUUAGCUUUCUUGGCUCGCAUUUUCAUUCGAUCCAUUAUUCAAAAGCCCUGAAACUAUUAUUGUAAAUAAGUCACACACAACUAACAUUAAUCAUGAAACCAACUAGUAUUCAAAUAUUGGUAGACAACGAGUAUUCCAACAGGUUACAACUAGCACUCCAUAAGUUAUCGUUUGUAUUCACCAGGAAAGCAAUUAUUAUUCGAAAACUAUGUAUGCAACUGCCAACAAGUUUUCAAUCAUGCACAUGUAUUCAAAUAUUUGUAGGCAACAAGCAUUCAACUGGUUACAACUAGUACUCAUAGUGUAAGCAACUAGUAUCCGUCGUAUAAGCAACAAUGUAGAGUGUAGACCAUCACACAUUACAUACAAAACUUCAAUCAAAAGGCAGGACGCCAAUAUGAAUACAAGGUAGAGAUAUGGAUGGUAUGUUUACGCUCCACUUUGCUGUGGGUAUUCUUCUUCUGCAAGUAACAGUUUUUUUUAUGUAAAUUUGACUAAAAAAUUGUGUAUACAUAUGGGUUAGACUGAUGUACUCAUACAAUAUGAAUACUAUACCCACAAACAACUCUCGCUCUGUAGGGAUGACAACAAAACCUGAACCCACAAGUACCCACCCGAUCCAACUCGAUCAACGCGGGUAAAAUCCGUGUUGACGGGUUUUGGGCCGGAUUUGGGUUUGAACCCGUUUACUAUUCACCGGGUUGGGUUGCGUUUGGGUUUAGGUAAAUCCGACCCAUGGGUACCCGCCCACACCCAUAUAAUUAAUUUUAUCGGUUUAUUUUAUAUUCUAAACAACUAAUCUUAUUUAUGUUUUGUGGAGACAUGUGUAAUUUUUUCUUUCUAAUUUUGUAGAAUGAAGUAGAUGUUAUCGA